CUCCUCUUGCGCUCCGGCGCCAUGCAGCCGGGCCAGGCGCAGCGCUCAGCCGGCGGGCCAGAUCUGCUGGAGGAUGGCGGAGAGCUGGCGGAGGUGCUGUGCGAGUUUGACGCCGUGAUCGAGGACUUCUCCUCCGCCACGAACGAGCGCCACUUCCAGUACGAGGAGCACCUGGAGCGGAUGAAGCGGCGGAGCAGCGCCAGCGCCAGUGACUGCAGCGCCAUCAGCGACUCAGAGAGUGCUGAUUCUCUCUGCAGAAACAGUUUCAGCUUUAGCGAUGAAAAGCUGAAUUCCCCGACUCUGUGUGCUCCAGGGAUUUCCACUCCAACAACAGCUUCACAGAAAGCAAAGCUGGGAGACACAAAGGAACUGGAAGACUUUAUUGCGGAUCUCGACAGGACCUUGGCAAGCAUGUGAGAUGGACGCCUUUGGCCCAACCCUGUCGCCAGGAGGAAGCGGCCGAGUCUGGGCCAUUGUCUGAUGGGACAGCAACCUCUCCUCAGUUCUUCUAAACAGUCACGACUGCCGGUUCUUUCAUUUCCUUGCAGACAGAUUAAAAUAACAGAUAGGCUCCUGCUGUACUUUUUCAUAAAAUAGAGCUGAAUAUUAAUUUAAAAGUGCUUUUAUGGAAAGAUUUGUAAUGUUAUAGAGUUCACUUUAACGCUUUGGGGUACAGUAUAUUUUUGUAAACAAAUAAAGACUGGACUGGAAUUGUAAAAAAGGAAAACGUAUUUGGUUUCAACAGACUGUGAACUGUUUUGCAUUGACAGCCCAGCCCUUUGCUCCAGGAAGCUCACAGCAGCCGCCGUAGGGUCUCUUCACCCGUGUGCUAGUCCGGCGCUUCCAGAGCAUCCGGCUUAUUUUUACCUCCCUGCUCGGAAUAUUCCAAGUUUGCAAGCUUCCCCUCUUGCAUCCAUUAGCAGAAUGGCUGCCUUGCCCAAUUUUGCCUCUCCUCCCCCAGGGCCCACUCACGAAGCUGGUGGAUAUGCUUGUGUGAUAUGACAGAAGGGGCUGAGAGCAACACCGCUGCAGCAACACAUUCCUCCUCCUCGUCAGGCCAAUUAAGCCCUUGGCCGCCGGGCAGGUGGUCCACUGGACGCAGCAAAAGAGGAGCAGUGGCUCUGGAAGACGGCUUUUGAGAUUAAGUCGCUGUGCAGUGUUUCUGGACCAGACAUCUCCAAGGCUCACUCCAGAUGGUCACAUCCUCACAGAACAGUAAGGUGUUCCACUUGCCAGCUAUUUUAUUCCAAGAUUGCUCUCAUUCUUAGGGUAAAAAUAAGCCCUUUCCCUUAGAAUAAAGCUAUUGUUCAACCAAGGGUAAAGUUUGCCUUCUUGUUAGCAGCUGGUUUGAGGAAAAAAGCCCCUGCACACGUUACAGUGAUGAAAACAAAGGUGCCUGUGGACGCAUCUAAACGUAAACUUUGCUCCUCAUUCAGUGUAGCUGCUCUGACACUUUUCUUAAUUUUCCAUGCUGCAGACCACAGCAGAAGAUAAAACGGUGCGCAGUCCCUAAACGACUGCGUUGCGAUAGGGAAAUGCAGAAGUUUUGGCUCAGUGUGUGGUGUUCCUCACAUAUCCUGGAGCAUCAGAAGAAAGUGUUCGAAAAUAGCAACAGAAAGUGGAUUCUUGCUUGUUGUUAAUACAGGAAUGCAUGAUGCCACAGGGGUAACCUAGUCAUUAUGAGCAUCGCCAACAUACAGACUCAUGGCUGUGCAAGGAAGCAUGAUUUUCAGGGGCAAAUAAAGCACAUCAGGAACAUGAUGUGAACAUGAUAAUCGAAUUACAGUGUGGCUGCACUCUAACACAAGACCAUUGUUACAUACAACAUGCUUUUAUCGCAAACAUCUAUGCAAUGAGAUUUUAUAUAUGUUCACAAGAAACUGAAGACCUUUGUUUAUCGAGCUCAGUUAUGUUAAUGUCACACGUGGUGAUAAGAGCAUCUACCCAAGAAAAGUGUUAAUUUCCUCAGAACUAUGAAAAUAAAAAAUUAUCUUAGAA